AUGUCUCAGAGAAAAUAUGCAAUAGAAAUUUUGCAAGAUUCAGGAAUCUUAGGAGUAAGGCCUGAAAAGUUUCCAACGGAACAAAAUUUGAAGCUCGCUUCUACAGAUGGAAUUAUACUGAAUGAUCCAACAAAAUACAGAAGACUAGUUGGCAGAUUGAUUUAUCUCACCGUCACAAGGCCUGACAUUGUCAAUUAUGUUCGGACACUUAGCCAAUUUAUGCAUGACCCCAGAAAACCUCAUUGGGAUGCUGUUGUGCGAAUUCUCAAAUAUAUCAAGGGUACUCCAGGUCAAGGUUUGUUAUUUCCUUCCACAAACAAUCUUAUUUUAAAGGCCUUUUGUGAUUCAGAUUGGGGUAGUUGUCGAGCCACAAGAAUGUCUGUCACAGGAUACUGUAUUCACUACUACAAAAACAACUUUUAUCGGUAA